UUUGUAUAUAAAAAACCAUUUUGUAUAUAAACUUUGUACAUUGGGAGAGUCACAAAUCCAUGUCUCCAUAUCAUCCCCUGUUGCAUUUUUGUGUUUAAAAGCUUUAAGAGUUUACUUGACAGAGGAAAAGGAAGAACGAUGAGCGGUGACAUAGUCAUGAAAUCAAAAGCAUUUCCUAUGAAUGGUGGAGAUGGCACCUACAGUUACACAAAAAAUUCUCAGUAUCAGAGAACAUCUUCAGAUUCUGUAAAGGAAAUGAUCAAAGAUGCAAUUGUUGACAAGUUUGACAUAACAAGCCUCAGUUUCAGUUCAAACACUAUCCGAAUUGCAGAUUUGGGUUGUUCUGUUGGACCAAACACUUUCAUUGCUAUGCAAAAUGUACUAGAAGCCAUGGAAAUGAAAUUUCAUUCCCAAAAUGCCACUUCUGAGAUGCCCGAAUUUCAACUAUUUUUCAGCGAUCAUACUUCCAAUGAUUUCAACCGCCUUUUCUCUUCCCUCCCUCCCGAUAGGCAAUACUUUGCUACAGGAGUGCCUGGUUCAUUCCAUGGUCGGUUAUUCCCAAAGUCCUCUCUUCAUUUUGUACAUUCCUCUAUUGCAGUCCAUUGGCUCUCUAAGGUACCAGAAGAGCUACUAGACAAGAGUUGUCCUGCAUGGAAUAAGGGAAGAAUUCACUGCACAAGUGCCCCAAAAGAAGUUAUUAAUGCUUAUACCACUCAAUUUGCCAAGGACAUGGAGACCUUUUUUAACGCCAGAGCUGAUGAGAUUGAAGUGGGAGGGAUGAUGAUAGUGACCUUGCCACCAGAAGAUAAGCAGAUGGAGGAAUCGGAGGAUGUGUCAUUCAACUUCAGAUUGUAUCGUAAACUCUCUACCCAUACUUUGCAAAUAUAG